AUGAAGUGGACCCCCGGAAGGCAUGUCAGUUGUUCAGAGAGGAACUGCUGGAACGUAACUAUGAAUGUCCACGCCUCUUUCUGUCAAUCGACUUGUUUGACGCAGAAGAAGAAACAGACAGUUCAUUGAUUUCAUUCUUUAAAAUGAACAAUGUUAACUGGGCAGCUCCAUUGAAGUGCAGGCUGAGAGGGGAUGCAGCAGUCGGCCAAGGUGUCAACCGACACGUUUUGUCAAUGGCCAUGCAGAAACUGAAGACCGGCUUCAGUAUAAAUUUAGGCUGUGCAGCUCUUACAAGCCUUUUUGAAGGCGAAAUGGAACAUCGGGUUCCCUCCGCAGCUGCUGUGCUUCGGGAAAGCAACCUGUUUGAGAUGGCAGGUCGGAUGAUAGGCCAUUCCUUCCUGCAUGGUGGUUUUGGUUUCUCAGGACUAAGUGUGCCUGUAGUGACUCUGUUGACUGGUGGGAGCACGGAUACUGCAGCAUCAGCGCUUACCCUGCUGGAUUGUCCUGAUCUUGACCACCGUGAAACAAUUGGUUUUCUCAAGAAUACACAACUUACUGCUCAAGAAACCACCAGUGUGACUGAUCUUUGCCUGUCCUGGGACCUCCCUGUUCCAACCUCCACCAAUCAUGACUGGCUGUUCCAGGAACUUCUUUCCCAUGCAGUACUUCACCGUGUUAGGCAGCCUAUCAAGCAGAUUCGCAAAGGCCUUAAAGAAACGGGAAUCUGGCCGCUUGUUUCAAAUAGGCCAGAUGUCCACCCCAUAUUAUUUCCAAGAGAGAAAAAUGAUGAGCUGAACUCACAGACUGUGAUCCAGAACAUCCACUGGCCACAGCCCAAAAGUGACAGCGAUGAGGACGAGGACGACACCGUUCCAUUGGAGAAAGUCGGUCUCGUCACUGGAUUUUUGAGGCAAUUCAUAGAGGAAGCAUCUCCGAAGGUGCUGCGUGACCUCUUGAAGUUCUGGGUCGGGUGGGAGCUGCUCACAACAAACCUUGAAGUUGAGGUUGUUACUUCAAAAUACCCAGUGGCUCUCACCUGCUUCCUAAAAUUGAAGCUCCCAAGCCACUACCAAACAUAUGAGAAGUUCCACCAGGACUUGAUGAUGGCCCUCAGUUCCAUCAGUUCAGGCUUUGGGCUUGUGUAGCUACACACUGACUCUCAGUUUGUUUUGUAUUUUUCUGGAGAAGGGUUUGCCUCUCUAUUCAAUACACUGUGUGAGAUACAGGGUUACAGUUGGUACACCUACCGUGUUUUAUAAAUAAAGGACAUUUGGAAAAAGA